AUGUCGACACUUGGGAAUCUGGAACCGUUCAACGUGGAACACCCAGAAAAUUGGUCUACGUAUUAUGCGAGGUUCGAGCUCUACUUACUGGCCAAUGACGUACAGGGCAACGAUCGGCAAAGGGCCGUAUUUCUCACCUUAGCCGGAGCGCCAUUAUAUGAUCUCCUGUCGUCAUUGGCCUCGCCCCGUCAGGUGAGUCAACUAAGCAUAAAUGAAAUCAAAAUGAUUUUAACAAAUCAUUUUUCUCCCCGGCCCUCGGAAAUCGCGGCUUAUUACAAAUUCCACAAACGAGACCAAAAAUCUAAUGAGGGAUUUUCCGAGUACGUCGCAGCCUUGCGCAAAUUGGCUGUUGAUUGCAACUUUGGCACGGCGUUGGAUCGCAUGCUAAGAGAUCGCUUGGUAUGUGGCUUGCGUGAUGAGGCAUUGCAGCGCAAUCUACUAGCAGAGCCGGACUUGAAGUUGCAAAAGGUUCUCGAUCGAGCUGCUACUGCCGAAGCAGCAUUUAAGCACGCAUCUGAAAUGCGACACUCCGAACAGGUUCAUCAUGUAGCGUCCAACAACAACCAUCGCCAUAAUCGUUUGAAAACGCGUGCUAGUUCCAACGCACAAACAAAGCCAUGCAAUGGAUGUGGUGGCUCACAUGCCCGCUGUCAGUGUCCGCAUCGAGAAACAAUUUGCUCGUCGUGUGGCACAAAAGGUCACCUUCAACGUGUUUGUCGCUCAUCAGCAUCUAACUCAGCCAAUCAGCAAAAGACAUCGCAUUCUUCAGGACGGUUAAAAAAGCAGAAACCACAAUCCAUAAAUCAAAUUUUGCCUCUGGUUGAUUUGAAAAAAUCAGCGACCAUCAGUAUUAAUGGAUAUAAUUGCACAUUUGAAAUCGAUUCGGGGUCAAACUAUACCAUAAUGUCAUCAACAACAUUUGAACGUGUGUGGCCGGUACAGAAGCCAAUCAUGCACACCAGUGACCUUGAACUUGUCGAUUUUCAACGUAAUAGAAUUCCUAUAAUGGGUGUGGUUGAUACAGAUGUAUCAUACGGCGGCCGUGAGGUCAGCUGCUUACCCGUCGUUGUCGUAGACGGAAACCGUUCAAACGUAUUAGGGUGCAAUUGGUUCACCCCACUGGGCAUUACAAUUCAGGGCGUCAAUGCAGUUGAAGAAGCAUCGUCAAUCAAAGGUAUCCUUAAGCAAUUUAAUCAUCUUUUCGCAGAGGAGCUGGGGUGUUUCAAAGGGAAGCCAGUUUCCCUCUACAUCGACAAGUUAGUUCAACCUAUUCGAUAUCCACCUCGGCGUAUUCCAUUAGCCACCAAAGGCCUUGUCGAAGCUGAACUAGACCGCCUAUGUUCACAAGGGAUCCUAGAGCCAGUUGAGUACUCGGACUGGGCCACACCGAUUGUGCCGGUUCCUAAGAGCGACGGGACAAUCCGCAUUUGCGGCGACUAUAAGUCGACGCUUAACAAAGCACUAAAGCCGCACAACUUCCAGAUACCUGCUAUCAACACUUUACUUUCGUCUAUAGAGGGAGGCAGCAUUUUUGCCAAAAUAGAUCUUGCACAAGCCUAUCAGCAAUUGCAAGUGGACGAACAAUCAUCCGUGUUGCAGACUAUCGUCACUCACAAAGGCGCCUUCAGAGUUACCAGGCUUCAAUUUGGAAUCUCUUCAGCGCCAGGGAUAUUUCAAAAUUUUAUAGAAACACUUUUAAGAAAUAUUCCGGGGGUGCUGCCGUAUUUUGACGACAUCGUUCUAAUGGGCAAAACAGAGGCUGAGCUCGCUGCUCGGCUGCAUGAGGUAUUUAGCCGAUUCAACACCGCUGGUCUUCGACUAAGAAAGGAUAAGUGUUCCUUCGGAGUCUCAAGCAUCGAGUUCCUGGGAUUCAAGCUGGAUUCACUGGGCAUUCGGCCAUCUCAGAGUAAAGUCAAGGCCAUUCAAAACGCUCCAGCACCCCAAGACAAAAAACAAUUGCAAGCGUUCUUGGGCCUCCUCAAUUUCUACCACUCCUUUUUACCGAACAAAGCUACAAUUGCCGAGCCCUUACAUCGCCUACUGGAUAAGAACUCCCAUUGGUUCUGGAAAAAGGAACAACAACAGGCGUUCGAAAAUCUUAAGCAGCUCAUAGUAUCCGAACGCGUUCUAGUACACUAUAGCUCAAAAUUGCCAUUGGUGGUAGUUUGUGAUGCAUCGCCAUAUGGCAUCGGCGCUGUUCUCAGCCACCGCAUGCCUGAGGGGUGUGAGAGGCCCAUUGCAUUUUACUCUAGGACCUUAUCGAAGCCAGAGCGGAAUUACGCCCAAAUAGACCGCGAAGCUGUAGCGUUAAUCGCUGGAGUGAAAAAAUUUCACGACUACCUUUAUGGGCGCAAAUUUACUCUGGUUACCGAUCAUCGGCCCCUAUUGGGUAUCUUCAAUACGACCAAGCCCGUUCCUAAUGUGAUAUCAUCGCAAAUGCUUCGACGGCGAAUUUUCCUUAAUGCGUACGAUUUUGAAAUUGCAUACCGUUCGGGAAAUAAGUUGGGGAACGCUGACUUUUUGAGUCGAUUACCCUUAAUGGAUGAGCAACGAAUGAUUAAGGAAGAUGUACUGAUGAUAGAAAUGGUCAACAAGCCCGUAGUAGACGCCAAACAUAUCGCUGUUCAAACUGCCAAAAAUGCGGACCUGGACAACUUAAUUCGUCACAUUCGCUGUGCCCCAUUUCACCCGUCGUCCAACGGUCAAGCAGAACGAAUGGUGCAGACAACGAAGGACUUCUUGAAGAAAACACCAGAGUGGCAGGACAUCGACUUAAGGCUGUCACGGUUUCUUUUCAAUCAGCAUAUUACGCCGCAUACAUCUACUGGGCGUUCACCUGCAGAGCUUAUGUUUAAGAGACAACUAAAGACAUUUUUCGAUAAAAUUCAUCCGCACGAAUUGCCUACUGCAAAGCACGAAAUUGGCAGGGAGAAGUCCUUCAACGAUGGAGACCCAGUGUGGGUGCGAAACUACUCCACAGGACCUAAAUGGGUACCAGCGAAAAUUAAUUCAAGGAAUGGACCCAUAUCAUAUGCAGUUCAGCUGGACGACGAUUCGCGUAUCAUAAAACGGCAUCUGGAUCAGAUAAGAAUUCGACAAGUAGCUGAACGGGGUAAUGACUUAGCUCUCUUUAACCAAAACUCUAAAGAGCCAGAAACCUCAUCGGAAUCGGGGUCUGCAGCGAUGGAUGAGAGCAGUCCAUCUUCUCCACUUCAACAACAGUCCAAUUCAGAGGGUUCUUCGCAGCAUCGGUCGUACCCCUCCACCGCAGCAGAUAGUUCGACACCGCUGGACGCAGGCAUCUCAUCAGACGAUUGCACUCCACGACGAUCCAAUCGUGCUCGCCGUCCACCAGAUUUUUACAGCGUUCCUGGGCGUUAA